GGAACAAAAGAUGGUUGUGGUUAAUUACAUAUAAACAGUGGAAAGGACCAGAAAUCAACAAGACACUAAAAUAAAAUAAUAAUAAUAAUGGUAGAGAUGACAUGCUCAGACAAAAUUAAAUGAGAAAACCUGUACACUAAUAAUACAUAAAUAAAUAAUACCAAAUUAGGAUUAUACAAAUAUUCUUAGGCCUUAUAUAUUCUUAGGUAUAUAAGACUCUUCUGUACAGCUUCAAUAGGAGGUGAUGUGGUCCCUGAAAUAGUCCCACACUCCCAGUUCACCACAGGGGGAGUUCCACUCCUGUAAAGUUGGACACACUUUGAUGGCUGCAUGUUUGAUCCGACACAUCUGGGGGGGGGGGCAGCUCACUGUCCACCCGGGGGGGGCGUGUCCGUGGACAUGAGGCAGGAGCUGGGCCCUGAGCAAACCCCCCCCCCCCCCCCCCCCCCCCCCCCCCCCCUCCCCCCCCCUGUUGGGCCCCGGGCCCCAGACCCCCCGGGGGGGGGGCCCGAAAGGGGCCCCCCGGGGGGGGGGGGGGGGAGCUCUGCCCUGGCCCUCAGGGCCCACGUGACAGCUCCACGUGACAGGGUUCAAAGUUGAAAGUCAGACGGCACCGCAGUUCUCAAUCAUGGCGCUCGCGACGGGACGUUUGUGGGAAAAACUCGGUGCGCACGCGGUGCUCCGCGCCUGUGCACGCGCGGCGCGUGUCCCGCAGCGGCGCUACAGCUCCGAGCCAAAGGACGAGCUGAGGGUCCGCUACCUGGACGGGGAAGACGCCGCUGUGGAGGAUAUCAGGAAGAACAACAAGGUGCGCAGCCUCAUAGUCUGCAGCCUGGUGCCCGGUGUCUUCUGCGCAGCUAACUCUGCCAAAAUGGGGCUGGUGGAGACCAAGCUGGCCAUCAUCCCCGGCGCCGGGGGCACCCAGCGCCUCCCCCGGGCCGUGGGGGUGUCUGUGGCCAAGGAGCUGAUCUUUGCUGCCCGGGUGGUGGACGGUCAGGAGGCCUGCCGCCUGGGGCUGGUCAGCCACUGUGUGGAGCAGAACGAGGGGGGGGACGCCGCCUACCGGAGGGCCCUGGAGCUGGCUCGGGAGAUCAACCCCCAGGUGGAUCUGUCCACAGGUCUGGCCAUUGAAGAGGCCUGCUAUGCCCAGGUGAUUCCCACUAAAGACCGGCUGGAGGGCCUGGCAGCUUUCAAGGAGAAGAGGCGUCCACAUUUCAAGGGGGAGUGAGCCCCCCCUGCCUGCUCUCCUCUGUGGGUGAAGCUGUCCACAGCCACGCAUUAAGCUGCCCCCCCCAGGAGAGCUGCCUCUGACCACAGGACUGUUGGCUGCUGGGCCUCUGGCUUUCUUUCCAUUAGUUGUGAGUAAUGAAGCUGUUAGCAUUUCCAGGAUGUGUCCACCACCUGCAGCAGAGAGGGUCCAGCUCUCCCUCUCAUGGUCAAAGCGCCUGUACUGUGUGAAGACCGCCUUCCAGUGGUCACUGUCUUCUGUUUUUGUGCCUCUGAGUUUCCGUCAGAAAUUAACUGAUCUGUAAAAUCUGUCCUGCAGAAGAAUGUAUUCAUGGUUCAAAAUGUUUUGAGUGAACAAUGUAGAUGUUUUCUCCCUGUUAGUCUCCAACCACCUACUAACAAACACGGCCCGGAAACACUACCAUCCCCAAAUAAAUCCACAGCACUACGUUAGUUUGAGCUCCAGUAGUCAGAACCCAGAUCUGUCUUGUGUUUGUGGUGCUGACAUGCAGUAUUUCCCAGAGGUCUGUUGGAGUCCAGCUGGCCUGCAGUCGGUGUUUAAGCCACAAGAGAACAGCACUUGUACGAGUCCUCUUUACUUUAUUCUGUCCAGUGUGUUUAUCAUCUGCGCUGUCUGUCGUGCCUCCAGCUCAAUAAACUCCCAUUUUCCUUCCAGUUUGUGUGCUUUCCAGCCUAAAUGGAAACCAACUCCAGACUGGGGAGCCUCUGCAUGCUGGCCAGUAGCUUUCCCCCCCAGAUGUCCUGCCGGGUGGACACCUGUUAUGGGGGGGUAUAACUGUUUUUAUCUCCUCAAACUUUGAUCCAGAGUUGGGCCUCAGAGAUGCUUCCAGAGCAGUGGGGGCAGAGGGGGCCUGGCUCUGUCUCAGAGGCUGCAGCUGUGUCUAGGAUGUAACGUUUGGGGUAAAUCCGGCAUCUAACCACUGCGAAGGGAGGACCAGAGUGGUUGAAAGUAGAAGAUGUGAGUCUGGAAACAGGCAGUUGAGGCCUGGCCCGCCGUGGCCUGCAGGCCUGUGGCUUCGUGAGCCUGACACCAGGGCGCACAUCCCCACUGUGGCUGCCUCCUUCCGGCAGAUGUCCCAACUCUAAGCCGGGGGGAAUCCCACCACAAGUCACAGUUGCGUAAAGAGAGCGCCGUUUCCCAACACUGGAGGACGGGACCCGCCCGCCCCUCAUGGGAAGUCCUCAAGGUGUGUUUCAGCUCUCAGGAGCCGUUGGUGAGAGCACAGGCCAGUCUGGGACACCAACCUCUUCCUCUUUUGAGUCAAACCCAGGCUGUUUUUAACCGGU